UAUAUAUAUAUAUAUAUGUAGACUCUGUACUGAUUUAUUGUACGUGCGCGUAUGUGCAUGUAUACAUAGCUCUUCUUGGAUUUCGAAUCACGCGGGUGAUCAGCGAUGAAUGGAUUAAAAGAUCUUAUAUACAUGAGAAACUUGUACAGCUGACACAUCGUGAGCAUGCGCGCGUUCGUUCGUAUAGUAGUACAUAUAUACGCUUAUUCACUUUAGCGCAUCACGUGUGCGCGAAAACGUAUUAUACACACCUGCACACGCGGCGGGGAGAGUCGCACGCGCGAGAUAGUAGUGGUAGUAGUAGUAAGUACACAUUGCAGGCAGCGUCGAUGUUUACGAAGGCGCUCAGUCGUUGUCUGCAGGGUCGUGGAGUCAGGUUCGUUUUUUCGAGCGGCAUGGCUCAACAUCAAGAGAAUUGUUUUUGUGGGCAAGUUGAUCGAUACAACGGCAUCACCGUUGACUCUAAGACCGAGCCCUGCGACGUCGCCUUGUUUCCCGAGCGACUUGAAGCGUCUUUAAAUCAAUGGGCGAAAGAUAAAAGACGGACGAUAUGGUUCCGGGUGGAUCUGAAUCAGAGCUACUGGAUACCAGAGCUGACAAAGAGAGGAUUUCAGUUCCAUCAUGCCAAGCAAGAACAGGCUACCUUGUACCGAUGGCUUCCUGAAGUGGAGAUGUGCAAUGUGCCUCCCUACGCUCACACGAACUUGGGUGUGGGUGCUGUGGUUCUGAACGAGGAAACCAAGGAGAUUCUUGUUGUCAGAGAGAGGCAUAGUAUUGCUAGCACACACUGGAAACUGCCAGGGGGCUACGUAGAGCCUGGAGAGGAUAUGACCACUGCGGUGGAGAGAGAAGUGCUUGAGGAAACUGGAGUCAUAGCCAAAUUUAAGUGCAUGUUGGCAUUCAGACAUGCACACCGAUAUGCCUUUGGUUGUUCAGAUAUUUACACUAUCUCUUGCUUGAUUCCGCAGACUUUUGACAUUGUCAAGUGUGACAGGGAGAUUAGCGAAUGCAAGUGGAUGAAAUUAGAUGAAUUUAUAUCACAUCCACAUGUUCAUGACAACAACCGGUUGUUGGCUAGUAAAGUAAUGGAAUAUCUGGAACAUGGCAUGGGCAUCACUGUGACCCAAGCUAUACACCCAAUAAACAAGAAACCAAUAAGUGUCUACAGCGUAGCUGACACAAAAGAUUCUUAACGACGUAUAAAACUAGGAGCAAAUUUUUAAGUUAAUUUUUACCUGUGAUGUUGAUCUAAAUUAAUACGAACAAUCAUGGUACAAAUUGUUACUACUCUAUGAUAGUUUUAAUUUUAUUCUGUUAUUUGUUAUGAAAUACCGCUACACGUGUACAGAUAUAAAAAGAUUAUAACAUUGUUAUCAAUGUGUACAGCUUUUCAAAGGAAAAUAAAUUUCAUAUUUUAUCUACCGUAUUGGUCGUUUCAAAUUUAAAUGCCCACCAGCAGCUCGCUGAAUCGCUGCUGCACUUUCGAGCUUCCAAGUUGGCACUACCGCGGAGUGACGACUCAACACAACUCUCUUGCUCUGCGCAGUGCGAGUAUUCUCCACUGUGGUAUACAAAUGUAUUAUCUAAGAUGAUGUUCGCUAGGUAGGUACCACUACAAGUGCAGUCAGUGUCUAUAUUCGUUGGUCGUAGCACGAUCGUCGUAAGUUCGCGAACGGCAGAAAGUGUAAUGCGAAGAGGCACACAAAGGCACAAAAUGGUCAAGAAACUCGCCUAAGUCCGUGAAUUGAGUGGGCUAGACAUGUUCGGCAUCGUGCGGAUAUUCUUUCCGACUUUACUUCCGUGCCUUAGUUAGUUUAUUUGCUCAGCACAGUGAAGGCGUUAUGCUCUAGAAGUAAACAAAGUCGAAGAAAACUUGUAUCAGGCGCAUAUGUAGCACCGUAUAUACGUUUCGUUUUCGCCUACACAACAAAAACUUUUUAGCGCGCAAUUAAUUGCCGUAAAAAUGAGUAAAAUGUAUUCAACAGCAAACCUUACGGACAAAGAGCUGAAGGAACAGGGUAACCGUCUAUUUAGUCUUCACAAGUACGAGGAUGCUGCAAAUUGCUAUACAAAAGCCAUUAUAAAGAAUCCGAACCAAGCACUGUACUUUACAAAUCGAGCACUUUCAUACCUGAAGCUAAAACGAUGGGAGUCUUCGUGUCAAGAUUGUCGCCGUGCUUUAGAUUUAGAUCCAUGUCUUGUAAAAGGUCACUUUUUUCUUGGUUUGGCCCUUCAAGGAAUGGAGUUGUACGAUGAAGCCAUCAAACAUCUUCAAAGAGCUGUGGACCUGGCCAAGGAGCAAAAGCUCAACUAUGGGGAUGAUAUGACAAGUGUUCUAAGACAAGCAAGGAAAAAGCGCUUUCAAAUUAAGGAGGAACAGAGGAUCAAUCAAGAAAUCGAGCUCCAAUCCUAUCUGAAUCGUUUGAUAGCUGUAGAUGCAGAAAAAAGUUUAGCAGAGCUCAAAGAAAAAGAGUGCCAAGGCGAUGAUGAGAAAAAAGAACAAGGGGAUGAAGAUCACACGACAGAGUCAAAAAUAGCAGCUAUUCGGAGAGAGAUUGAAGAAAAAAGAGACACAUCAUUAAGCCUACUAAAUGAAUUAUUUGCCAAAGUUGAUGAUAAUCGAAGGAAACGAGAAGUUCCUGAUUAUUUAUGUGGUAAAAUUAGUUUUGAAAUUCUUCAAGAACCAGUCAUCACACCAAGUGGAAUAACGUAUGAAAGAAAAGAUAUUGAAGAGCACCUUCAAAGAGUAGGUCAUUUUGAUCCAGUGACUCGUGUCCGAUUAACACAGGAUCAACUUAUCCCGAAUCUUGCAAUGAAGGAGGUAGUGGACGCUUUUCUCCAAGAAAAUGAAUGGGCUCAUGAUUAUUAAGGAAGGGAUAAAAAAAAUGACUAAAUGUUCAUUAUAACGAAAUGAUAACUUGAUAAUAUAUUUAUUUUUCGCCGCUUAGUCUCGAGAUUUGCAUCACAACAUGAUGUGAAAAAAGAAUAUUUAAAAAAUAUUUUUGUUUAUACAUCGAAUACAGAAUAACAUUUAUAGAAAUUGUAAGGCGUUGAAAAUUUUCGCACAAUACCUAAUUUAUAGUGUACAUUACGUUUUUUCUCAAUUAAUUUUUAUGUUCAUAAUGUUUAAAAAAUUUAAUCAAUUGCAAUAUCAUUUAUUCGCAAAUAUGUUCAGAUUUUUUAUUUAAAAAAAAGUUAGUUUAACUAAA